AUGAAGUAAAAUCAUGAAGGAUUCGGUAUAGUUAGAGAUUCUUUAUUUUAGCUAUAAAAUUUAAAAGUAUUAUCUCUUGGAUUUGUAAAAAGCUAAAUAGGUGAUAUUGGAAUUUCAAAAAUUGCUGUGAUAAUUUCAGAAUAAAAACUUCUUUCAGAUCUAAAUUUAAAAAUUCAAAAUAACUAAAUUACUGAAGUUGGGGCAUAAAAUUUAGGAUAAGGUUUUUAACACUGUAAGAAUCUUCAAAAUAUAAAGAUUGAGAUUUGUAACAAUUUGAUUAAAUCUCAAGGGACCCAAGAAUUAAUUAAUGGAAUGGGUUUUUGCUAAAAUACAGAAUAUUUAACCCUUGAUUUAAGAAAUAAUGAUAUUAGAAGCUAAAGGAGCAUAUUAUAAGGAAUAUCAAAUUUUAAGAACUUAAAAGUUUUUAACCUUAGUUUAGUCAAUAAUUAUCUCAAUCAAGAUGGAGCCUGUUUUUUGCUAGAUGGAUUACAAUAAUGCUCAAAUUUAUAAACUUUUGGUCUUUUUAUAAGAAAUAAUAAUAUUGAAGAUAACGGAAGUCUAGAAAUUUGCCAAUAAAUAUCUCAAUUUAAAAAUCUAACUCAUUUGACACUCGAGUUAUAAAAUAAUUCUAUUACUGAUGAUGGGUGUCAAAGUGUGGGAGAAAAACUAAAGAAAUGUGAAAAAUUAAAAUAUUUAUCAUUAAGCUUAUAAAACAAUGAUGUAAAUGAAAUAGGGUCUUUAUAGUUAGGUCGCGGCUUAAGAUAAAUAGUAAAUCUUGAAGAGCUAAUUUUGGAAUUAUCAGAUAAUUAAAUAGGAAGUUAGGGAGCUAGUUAAUUGUUGAGUGAAUUGGCAUUAAAUUAAAAGUUAAAAAUUUUUAAUCUUGGUUUAAGAAACUGUUAUAUGGAAGAAGAUCAUUUUGAUAGAUUUUGUUAUUAAUUAAAACAUUUUUAAACUUUGAUAUCCUUAGAAAUAGAGUUAUAGGAAAAUUUUAUCAGCGAAGAGGGAGAAAUCAUAUUAAUUAGCAGGCUAAAAAAGCUUAAAAGAUUAGUUUAGUUUUAAUUGAAAUGA